GCCAUCCACCCCGCGCGCAGAUGCGGAUAUUCUUGCGGCGCCGGAAGUCAAAGACACGUGACCGGGUGACAGCCCUCUUUAGGUUGCAGGGCUCGCUUUAGGUGUUGCGGCACGGGAUGGCGGAGGCGCCUCCUGUCUCAGGUACUUUUAAAUUCAACACUGAUGCUGCUGAGUUUAUUCCUCAGGAGAGAAAAAAUUCUGGCCUAAGUUGUGGGAGUCAAAGGAGACUAGAUUCUAAUAGGAUUGGUAGGAGAAAUUAUAGUUCACCACCUCCCUGUCAUCUUUCCAGGCAAGUCCCUUAUGAUGACAUCUCUGCUGUUCAUCAGCAUGGUUAUCCUUUGGGAAGCAAACCUAAAAGUCAACAGAUUUCUUUUCAGUCCUCUGCUUCUAACAAAUCACUCAAGAACCAUGGCCUUCAGAACCAACCUUGGCAGAAAUUGAGGAGUGAAAAACAGCAUAUCAAAGUUAAGAAAGUACAGAAUCUCACUGACCAGACCUCAGAUGCAGCUGGCUUAGAAAGUGUGGGUAGGUCAGAGAGUGGGACAAACCCCAGAGAACACAGCCCUUCUGAGAAUGAGAAGGAAAUUGUUGGUGCAGAUCCCAGGGGAGCAAAACCCAAAAAAGCAGCCCAGUUUGUGUACAGCUAUGGUAGAGGACCAAAAGUCAAGGGAAAACUCAAAUGUGAGUGGAGUUACAGAAUGACUCCAAAAUCCGAGGAUGCUGGACCUGAAAAUACCAAACCUCUGGGGGUUAUGCACCCUGACUCUUUGGAUACAUCCUUUAAAAAAGGAGUAUUGGAUGGAUAUGCAGCCAGACGCAACGAGCAGAGAAGAUACCCACAGAAAAGGCCUCCCUGGGAAGUGGAAGGGGCCAGGCCACGACCAGGCAGGAAUCCACCAAAACAAGAGGGCCAACGACUUACAAAUGCCGGACCCAGGAACAACAUGGCCCCCAUUCCAAAGGAUAAUCCUAAUGAAAGACCAGCAAAAUCUGCCUGUGACAAUGGGAACUUGGCAGUCAUCAACAAGUCUUCCAGAAGGGUUGACCCAGAAAAAUGUGCUGUAAGGAGGCAGGAUCCUCAAGUAACAUCUUUCCCCCGAGGCAAACAGAACCAUGUGCUAAAGAAUGUGGAAACUCACACAGGUUCUCUAAUUGAACAGUUAACUACAGAAAAAUAUGAGUGCAUGGUGUGCUGUGAAUUGGUUCGUGUCACAGCGCCAGUGUGGAGUUGUCAGAGCUGUUAUCAUGUGUUUCAUUUGAACUGCAUAAAGAAAUGGGCAAGGUCUCCAGCAUCUCAAGCAGAUGGCCAAAGUGGUUGGAGAUGUCCUGCCUGUCAGAAUGUUUCUGCACAUGUUCCUAAUACUUACACUUGUUUCUGUGGCAAGGUGAAGAACCCUGAAUGGAGCAGAAAUGAAAUUCCACAUAGUUGUGGUGAGGUUUGUAGAAAGAAACAGCCUGGCCAGGACUGCCCGCAUUCCUGUAACCUUCUCUGCCAUCCUGGACCUUGCCCACCCUGCCCUGCCUUUAUGACUAAAACAUGCGAAUGUGGACGAACCAGACACACAGUUCGCUGUGGUCAGGCCGCCUCAGUCCACUGUUCCAAUCCAUGUGAGAAUCUUUUGAAUUGUGGUCAGCACCACUGUGCUGAGCUGUGCCAUGGGGGUCAAUGCCAGCCUUGUCGGAUCAUAUUGAACCAGGUAUGCUACUGUGGCAGCACUUCCCGAGAUGUGUUAUGUGGAACAGAUGUAGGAAAGUCUGAUGGAUUUGGCGACUUUGGCUGUUUAAAGAUAUGUGGCAAGGAUUUGAAAUGUGGGAACCAUACAUGUUCUCAAGUGUGCCACCCUCAGCCCUGCCAGCCAUGCCCACGGCUCCCCCAGCUGGUGCGAUGUUGCCCUUGUGGCCAAACUCCUCUAAGCCAAUUGCUAGAACUUGGAAGUAGUGGUCGGAAAACUUGCAUGGAUCCUGUCCCUUCAUGUGGAAAAGUGUGUGGCAAGCCUCUGCCAUGUGGUUCCCUAGAUUUCAUUCAUACCUGCGAAAAACUCUGCCAUGAAGGAGACUGUGGACCAUGCUCUCGUACAUCAGUUAUUUCCUGCCGAUGCUCUUUCAGAACAAAGGAGCUUCCAUGUACCAGUCUCAAAAGUGAAGGUAUGACUGGGAAGGGACAAGAGGAAACAUUCUGGGAUAAAACAGAUGCUACAUUUAUGUGUGAUAAGCGGUGUAACAAGAAACGGUUGUGUGGACGGCAUAAAUGUAAUGAGAUCUGCUGUGUGGAUAAGGAGCACAAGUGUCCUUUGAUUUGUGGGAGGAAACUCCGUUGUGGCCUUCAUAGAUGUGAAGAACCUUGUCAUCGCGGGAACUGCCAGUCAUGCUGGCAAGCCAGUUUUGAUGAACUAACCUGCCACUGUGGUGCAUCAGUGAUCUACCCGCCAGUUCCCUGUGGUACCAGACCCCCUGAGUGUACCCAGACCUGCGCCAGAGUCCAUGAAUGUGACCAUCCAGUGUAUCAUUCUUGUCAUAGUGAAGAGAAGUGUCCCCCUUGUACUUUCCUAACUCAGAAAUGGUGCAUGGGAAAACACGAGUUACGAAGCAACAUCCCCUGUCACCUGGCUGAUAUCUCUUGCGGAUUACCCUGCAAUGCCACACUACCAUGUGGGAUGCACAAGUGUCAGAGACUCUGUCACAAAGGCGAGUGUCUUGUGGACGAGGCCUGCAAGCAGCCCUGCACCACCCCCAGAGCUAACUGUGGCCACCCGUGUAUGGCACCCUGCCACCCCAGCUCACCCUGCCCCAUGACGGCUUGUAAAGCCAAGAUAGAGCUGCAGUGUGAAUGUGGACGAAGAAAAGAGAUGAUGGUUUGCUCCGAAGCUUCCAGUACUUAUCAAAGAAUAGCUGCUAUUUCCAUGGCCUCUAAAAUAACAGACAUGCAGCUUGGCGAUUCAGUGGAAAUCAGCAAGUUAAUUACUAAGAAGGAAAUUCACCAAGCCAGGCUGGAGUGUGACGAGGAGUGUUUAGCCUUGGAAAGGAAAAAGCGGUUAGCAGAGGCGUUUCAUAUUAGUGAGGAUUCUGAUCCUUUCAAUGUACGUUCUUCAGGGUCAAAAUUCAGUGACAGUUUAAAAGAGGAUGCCAGGAAGGAUUUAAAGUUUGUCAGUGACAUUGAAAAAGAAAUGGAAGCCCUUGUGGAGGCCGUGAAUAAGGGAAAGAAUAGUAAGAAGAGCCACUGCUUCCCUCCCAUGAACAGAGACCAUCGCCGGAUCAUCCAUGACCUGGCCCAAGUGUAUGGCCUGGAGAGCGUGAGCUAUGACAGUGAACCAAAGCGCAAUGUCGUGGUCACUGCAGUCAGAGGGAAGUCUAUUUGUCCUCCUACCACGCUGACAGGUGUCCUUGAAAGGGAAAUGCAGUCACGGCCUCCACCACCAAUUCCUCACCACAGACAUCAGACCGACAAAAAUCCUGCAAGCAGUAAUUUACAGAAAAUAGCCAAGGAACCAGUAAUUGACUACUUUGAUGUCCAGGACUGAGAAGAUCAAGAUGCACUUAGAUAAAAGAAUGAUUAGGUGUGAUGGAGACUCGUUUGCCAGCAGAUAAAUCAUGCUUGUUCCCAGUUAACUGCCUGGUGGACUCACACACAAUCUCAGAUACUGUCUUGUACUGAUACGUCCAAAGCAUGAGUGUGUCAGAAAUCUCCUUGUCCUCUAUUCUGUGUGUAUAAAGUGUUUCAGUACGGCCAGAUCUCUGACUAGAUGGUCACUGGUGAUUCGGUUAUGUAUUUGCAGAGCCUCCACCAUCACUGUGAUUGCUCAGAGGGCUGGGGGAACAUUGGGUUUGAUUUGAACAAACCAGAAUUUUAGCCUAAAAGUGGUAUUUAGUCAUAGACUCAGUUGUCCCAAUUCUCCAUACUCUUCUUAAAAAUGCAACAUCAGCUGCGCCUCACUUUUUGGAUUAAUCCAAACUGAUCACAAUCUUCGGAAGAGCACAAGUGAACUUCUUAGUCCAAAAUACCAGAUGCAUCCAGAAUCACACGUGUUGUGUUAAACC